AUGGGCUUGGUUUCUUCAGACUACAAUAGUGAUAGUGAUAGCACGAAUAGUGAUAGUGAGACGGGAGAAGAGAGUAGCAAAAGGCAGUGUUUGCCCGAAUUACCAGACGAUAUUGUGUACAAUUAUAACAAGCCGGUGGUGAUCGAUCCGUUGAAUACGAGGAUGUAUGUAGCGCCAGUUUCGAAGAACAUUGGGUUUCUGUUUUUGGAGCUACGUUUGGAUAGCAAGCAGCAGCAGAUAAUGGAUCUUGUGUUGAAAGGGGUGAAUGCGGUUAUGGAUACGCACCACAGGAAUUCGUUUGAACCGUUGCACAGGGGGAAGUUUGGGGCGAUGAAGCCGUUGCAUGUUUCGCUUUCGGAAACAAUGAUGUUUGCGAAUGAAUCGGAGUUGGAAGAGAAGAUGGGUAGAAUACGGCAAGAGAUUCGGGCCCUUGAGUGCAAGUCUGUGCCUGUAGCGUUGAGUGGAGGGUGGCUUGUGUAUGAGAAUUUUGACGCGAGUUUGCAGUUUUUAGCGGUAGGGCUAUCGGAGCAGGCAAGGGGACGAUUGAAACCUGUGUUGUCCAUUGUUGAAAAGUACAAGCCAAGAUCGCCGGUUUCGAGACAGCCGGUUGGCUUGAAUAAUUUGCAUGUGUCCUUUGGUGUAGCUCAGAAUGCGUACUUGCAACAGGACGAGAGUAUCUCCAGGCAAAGGCUGGACUCGCUCAGGAACUUGGUGGCUACUGAAGCGUCGGACAGGUUGCCGUUGCUCAGAGCGAAUCUUCAAUUCAGAUGCCACGAGUUGAAAGCCAAGGUAGGCACUAGCGUGAUUACUCUGCCAUUGUAG